CCGAAGCUCCAGGUUUUGACAACCAUUGAGUUUAGCAUCACAACUCUUUACUCCACUCCAAUUCCACCAAUUCAUUCACAAUGGCAGCAGUAAGUUCAAUUUCUUGAUAUAUUCCUCCUCAAUCGAACGAGACAUCGCUGGAUGUCACUCUCAUCACGAAUCUGGCUCCCUGCACCGAUCCCCCCAACGGGACACUCAAACUUCUCCAAUCCCCCAGCUAACCCCAACCCUCUCGCAGAGAAGCGCAGCACUCAAGCUCGACUGGGCCAAAGUCACCACCUCCCUCGGCCUCAAAGGCCAAACCGCUGCCUCUCUCCAAGCCUUCAAAAAGCGCAACGAAGACGCCCGUCGCCGAGUCCAGCAACUCUCAGAGCUCCCCUCCAAAGUCGACUUCGCCCACUACCGCGCAACCCUCAAGAACCAAGCCGUCAUCGACGAGAUCGAGAAGCACUUUAGCACCUUCAAACCCGCCACGUACGAUGUGAACCGACAGAUCAAGGCGAUUGAGACGUUUGAGGCGCAGGCUUUGAAGAAUGCUGAGGAGACGAAGGGUCGGGUUGAUUUGGAGCUGAAGGAUUUGGAGAAGACGCUUAAGAAUAUUGAGGAGGCUAGGCCGUUUGAUGAGCUUACUGUGGUAUGUCUUUUUGGAUGUUGGUCGAGGUGGGAGGAGAUGGGGAUAGGGAGAGGGCUAAUUUUGUGGUUUAGGAUGAGGUUGCGGCUGCUCAACCGCAGAUUGAUGAGAAGACCAACCAACUGGUUUCCAAGGGAAGAUGGAUGGUACCUGGUUACCAAGUACGUAUUUCUGUCUGCUGCUCUCCAAUGCAGUUCUUGUGUUGGUAGGUUUUUAUUAACAACUUUUGUAGGAGAAAUUCGGAAACCUUUCGAUCUUGUAGAUGGAUGGGUUUGGUAUUUCCUUAUGUCAACUGUAAGAGUGUAAAUAGCGGGUGGGUAGAAGA